GUGAGAAAAAUAAAAGAAAAAGAAAAGGGUUUCCAACAAGUGAAAUGGAAUGAAAGAGCACCCAUACGAAGAGUCCCUAGUUGUUGUGUUUUGUGAGUGAGUCUCUUUGUCCAUGAAUUUUCUGUCCUAGGUCCACUACUUCGCCUGAUCCUGGUUUGAGUCUAGUACUCGCAUUGAGAGAAAUAAGGGACGUCUUAGAAUAACGGGUGACCUUGUAAGCUGCUAAAUGAAUGAGGAAGUCCGCUACCGACGAUCGGGGUUGCGUGUUGCUAUAGAGGUUUGGAGAGUUGCAUUGCUUUUAGUCAGGUUUGCGUGGGGACAAGCAAACAGUUAAGUGUGGGGGGGAUUUGAUGACUCGAUAUUUUCACAUGUUUUCCCGUUUGUUUCUUAAUCGUUUAAGCUUGCAUUAUCGCUUCUUUGACCUAUUUUAGCUAGGUUGUGUUCCUUUUUCACAUUUUAGGUCCUAGUGAGUAAAGGGAGGCAUAUGCGCAUUGAGUAAAGGGAGGCAUAUGCACAAGAAACUUGGGCAUGACCUCAAGAAGAAUGGAUUUCUACCUCAUUUAUGGACAAAGAAUCAUGCAAUCUUGUAAUGAAAAGAAAUAGGACGAGACUACGAGCGUCUAAGAUCAAACGGUAGUUGAUUCGGAGUCCGGACGAGGGAGAAACGAAGCAUUGAAUAUAGGGGAACAAGUUCGGCGGAAGAAAAACAGGCAGACUACCCUCAAAACACGACCGUGUUUCAUCUGGCACCUGCCAGUGUUUUUUAUGCCGAGCCUCUCUUGUGAAGACUGCUGAAGGGAUUUAAAACACGGGUGGGACCAAAACACGAGCAGAACUAAACACGGCCGUGUUCCCGACCGUGUUUCUGCCCCCUGCUCGGGUAUAAGUCUAUUUUCUGCGAUUUUUGAGGGGGGAGCUGGGUUUCCCAAACACCCAAGGGACAAACCAAAGAGAGAAAUUGGAGGAUUUCUUUUCCUUGGAAGCUCGAGGAACAAGCCCGGACUUGAAGACUGAUCAUCUGAAGAUUUUUACUGUAGUCUCUCUCUUUUCUAUGGAGUAACUUCCCUUCACUUAGGUUUUGAGGAACCCUAGCUAUGUUUAUUUGAUUGGAUGAUUGUAUGAGUACUCUUACUUGAUAAUCUUGAGUUCAUAUUCAAUCUAUGCAUGUUUCCAUGAUUCAAUUAUGCUUUAGUCGAGAUUAUUGAUUCUGCUUUGAUCCUAUGAGAGCGAAUACCUGAUUAGGUCAAUAGAGCACCACAAAUUGAUAGUAUUGGAUCGAUUGCUUUAGUCGAGGGUUGAUUCAAUGCUUUGUAUCGAUUGACAACCCCAUUCAAUAGAGGGAGUCCAGUUCAGAACGCCUUGAGUGGUUGUUCUAGAGAAGGAUACGUCCCUCUAGGCAAUUGACUCAAGAGGGCCUUGUUCCUUUAGUCGAGACUCAAGGUCUAGUUAAGGAUUCUCCGCAUUGUGAAUGAUAGUGGAACAGGUUAGAGAUCAUCAAUCAUUAAUCUGGCUAGUGGCUAGGGGGAAUCAUACCUAUGUGAGAUCCCAACCUGUAAUUAGAUUAACUUUAACCGUAGUUUGCUAGAGUAGUUUUAGUUGUUCUAUCUUAGUCUGGUUUGCUAGAUAAUGAACUGAAGUUGAGUAAUAGUAACUCUAGAGACCCGUGCAUUCGAUAUUUAUUACUUGAGCCAUUAUACUGCAGUCCCUUUCAUUGGUUACACUUGGCCAUUGUUAGGAGUUGUGUCAUGGCGAGUCACAUGGUGAGAGUUCUUCCUCGGAAAACAUCUUGUCCUCUCCAAGGGAAAAAGAAGAAAACAUGAAAGUCCAAGUCAAAGGAAGUGGUUGUAGAAGACACUCAUCCACCAUCACGACUUGAACAUCAAUCAAGGGUAGUUCCUCAAUAUGAAGAAGGCGGCGUAGAGCAUAUCACUCACUACUUUUUAGAGCAUGUACCCGAGCAAUUCCAGAGCAAACUUCUAUGGCUUCAAGGGAUACCUUUAGGCGAAAUUACUUGUCUCGAUUGGAUUCGUUUCGCCCAACUUGGGAUUGAAGAUGCAAUCCGCUCUAAAUUACAGAAAUUGGAAUGCCUCUAGUUGCUCUUUAUUCAAGAACACAUAUAUCGAGUGCUUGUUCUUGAUUUUAUUAGUACACUCACUAUUCGAGACAUGAGGGGUGUCGCCGACCUGGAGGAUAACAUUCAAUUUCAACUCAAAGGAGAGUACCGUCACAUGUCAAUGUGGGAGUUCACUAGAGAAAUGGACAACUACCCGGCGGGCUUCAUUGAUUCACCUAAUGAUUUCGCCACCUUGACAAGGCAAUCCGACUUCCCUUGUUUCAAGGCCUUCUAUGAGUCUAAAGUCAAGAAACCCGAGAGCCGACAAUGGGAUGUGAGACUAUCAAAAGCCAGUGAGGUACAACCGGAGUGGAGACUCAUCCACCACGUGAUUGCUAAGUCCGUGGGUGGAAAGAAUCGAACUAAGGGAAAUCUCACCGUCAGAGACAUCACCCUAUUUAAUAGCAUGCACCUCCCACAAUCUCUCAAUCUCGGCCUAUCAAUCUUAUCUAUUUUCAAGCGUUACGAGUUGGAUCACCAACUUGCCGCACUCCACGGAGGAGUGUACGUCACCGGACUUGCCAGAUAUUUCCAAGUCGACUUCGGCGCUGUGCAAUUUUGUUUGGAUCAAAGGACCGUUCCUAUAUCCUUCGGUGUCUUGAAGUCUAAAGUUAAGGAGCUACACAUGAGCAAUGAUGGCAUUUGGGGUGUGCGAGGAUUCCCAUUCUCAACCCACCAAUACAUUGGACGUGGGAGGAACUGUAUUCCAUCUUCCGGAAGCUAGGAGGGCAAGGGACCAAAGAGGAUUGACAACCGAGGAAGACCAAGAGGAGAGCGUACAUGAAGAAGGAGAGGUGCCUAUUCCCACUUUUCAACCGAUUCACCCACCGAGCAACAAUGCAAGAGAUUAUAGAACUGAGGCUAUGAUAGCGACUAUACUUCACAACCAAAAAAGGGAGAAGGAAGCAUGGAUUCACAUAAUGGCUUGCAUCCACGCGAACCUGGAGAAGUUGAACAUUCCGAUGAAAGAUGUACCGGCCAAUUCCAACCGCUCCUCACCUUCCGCACUUUCCCGCAAUGAAGUAUAAAGACACUUUAUCAUUGUGAAAACCACCAGGAAAACAAAGAAUACACAUUUGAACCUUCACCAACCCAGAACCCAACCUAUGGUAACAUUCACGAUCUUUUCUUGGCGAACUCCCACAUUGAGGACAAUGUGUUGCUCAAGUGUGGGGGAUGUUUGUACAUGUUUGAAUGUUUAUCAUGAUUGGUGCCACCAUUUAUUGCUAGUAUCCUCCCCUGGUUGUGAAUGUAAGACGUUGAUGAAUGCUCAUGGGAGUGUAUGCUAGUGAUCAUGCCUUUGUUAUGGUGAUAAACGGUGAAGUAUUGGCGUUUUUAGGAACCUUGAAUGCACACCCAAAACAUUUCGAAUUUGAGGGUUCCAAAACACCUCAUCCUUGCAAUUACUUACUCGAUGUGCUUUGAUUUGACUAGAUUGAUUGAUUGAUGUGUUGUGCACCUUAGGUGAUAGUUGCAUGGUUUGAGUAUCGGUACGUGAGGGAUUUUACUACUUUCCUCCUCUAGUGCGAGUCGAUAGUGUUUGAUAUCUUAGGAAGGCAUUGUGUGGGAGAUUCUCUAUUUUUAUGUGAACUAGGAACUUUUUCAAUUUGUGCUUAAAAAUAGAAAAGAGGUUCUCACGUGAGUGGCAACCGGGCAAAGAAUUGAGAUCAACCGCCAAAGGAUUGAUCUCUUGCUCGAAGUGCCCUUCGAGGAUGUGUUUGCGUCCCGAUCAUCUCUUACUACUUACCACUCCCCAAACACCUCUCCUCCUUACAGAAUCGUAUGCUAAGGACCAAAGGUACUUUUAGCGAUUCACGAGACCUCGUAGCUCUCGUUUGUACCCAACAUGUGUGGCAAACCAACAUGGAGUGUAGGCUGGGACGUGGUGCUCGGGCUAAGACGAAUCUGAUCAUCAAUUUCUCCUCAUAUGGCCUUUAAAAGGGAAGGCUAUGAUUCAUCUGCUCUUGGUCAUAUGAGGGAGAGAUGCUAUUAUGCAAUGAAAGAAAUUGCAAGAGUUUGGUGCAAUGUGCAUGAACAGAGAAAAAGGAGACCGAAAAAUGACAACUCCUAAACUAAAAGUAUGAAUAAAAGGCACCACUUAUAGUUCUAUUAGUCGUUUGUUGUCGGAUAAUCCCCCGGAGCACAUUUUGAAUGAUCGAUCUAAGGUAGUAGAUACCGUCCUCACACGAGAGUUUGUGCUUGUAUAGUUGGAAGGUAGUAACAUUCAUUCAUCCUCGUAUACUCUUAUCUAUGCAAAGAAGAACUAGCAUGCAUGCCUCAUUGAUUCAUCUAUCAUAUUGCAUUAGGUUUGAGUAGGUUUGCUUGGGGACAAGCAAACGCCUAAGUGUGGGAGAGUUUGAUAAAACCAAAAUUGGUGUUAUUUACCCUCUAUCUUAAGAUAUGUUUUGUGUCAAUUCAUGUGCUAAAGCGUUUAAACAUUUUCAAAUACAUCUCUAUUUCGUUCAUAUUUGAUUUUGAUGUGAUUAUAUGGUGUAUUAGUCAAUAUGUGCAAAUUAGGUACAAAACAAGGUCACAAGUGUAGAAAAGGGGCAAGGAUAAAAGAUCGUGGCCUAUAAUCCAAAGAUCACGACCGGUAUCUCCAGUCAUGAAAAAUCGCUGAAGAUCGCGGUUCAGAAGACGAAGAUCGCGACCGCGAUCUUGAAGGCCCAGGGCGCGAACUUCGCGAAGAAGGAGCCUUGGAGAAGUGGAGAGUUUCCCCAGUCGCGUCACGGUCAACAUUCAACUUGCCCGCGAGGAAGAUCACGGUUACGACUUGAGGAUCGCGACCGCGAAUUCAACCCGCGAUCUCCCCCCUUUAGAAGGCCAUGACGACGUCGUCUUGAGAUCGCGACCUAUUAUUAGAAGAUCCCGCCCACGAUCUCCCAUCCUCAGGCCGCAAACUUCUCCGAAUCCAGAAUGCCUAUAAAUAGAAGAACCCUUUCCCCAUUUUAAGAGAGCUGAUUUUGGGUGAAAUUUCUGGAUCUAGAGAGAGAGAAGAGAGAGAAGCUAAAGGGAGAAGAAGAGAAAGAGAAGAAGGAGGAGCAAGGAGGAUCUUCCCCAUGUAUCUUCUUCCCUCCUUUAUGGAGUAGUCCUCUAAGGUACUAUGGGUUCUAAACUCCAAACACUACUUUUAGGGUUUAUUAUGUAUGUAUGUAUGUAUGUAUGUAUGUAUGUAUAUUUUAGGGAUUGAAUGAAUGAAUGUGUUUGUCUAGUAGAUUCUUAAUGCCACUCUUUCCUAAAUGAUGACGCUUGGGAAACUGGCCUCAAUCUUCCCUCUUAGGAUGCUUUAUGCUACCGCGCUAGGUACAUAGUUCUAGGGUUAGACGGGUAUGCUCCAUCUGGCGAGUUUAGGUUAGAUGAGUUGAAUGGGGGCCUAUAGUGGUCAAGGCGACCAAACCCCUGCUAUAGGUAGUCUUCCUAGAUGAAACCCGAGAUGAAACCUCAGUGUGGACAGUGGAUAGUGUCCAUUGAAAUGGGCCAUAAGCUUAACGCCCCAGAUACGAUAGCCUAUAUCGAGGUGACUGAAACAUGGGUUUAGGGGACGUGUACUAGGAGGCGUGUGCAUAAUGACGAAGGCCCACAGAAAAGAGCUCACUCAUCACAUUCGAUAAUCCUAUGUAUCUAUACAUGCAUAGUAUCCCUAAGCUAGGGGGAGAAUUAGUUCCCCGAAGUGCCUGCUUUUAGCUUUGAUCAACCUCUGUACUAGUGUUUCCUCAUAUCCUCCACUCAAAACCUCAAAAACCAAUUACCUAAUUAACAACAAGAUGGGAUGUAGGCUAGGAUACCAGGAUCUGAGUAGAAUACGACCUUUAUUACCACUAUACGGCAAUGCCGUCCUAGAUUAAACUUGGCUUAGGAUG